AUGAAACUUUCCAUCCUCCUCAGCAUGCUUGCAGGCACCGCGGUCGUCAGUGCUGCAGCUGAUGUUUUUGGUGCGUGUACACCAGAGGCGGACUGCUGUUUCUCCACCAAGGGGGCUUGCCAACGUCAGUCGAGCUUUGCUAUCGAGCGGUACUAUGAAUGCGGAACAAUCAAGCUCUGCCCAGAUUAUGGAGUUUCCCUGCAAGCUUGCAAGGCGGAUUGCUGUAGCAUUGCUUCUAAGGGGGGUCGUGGCUGCCCUGGAAAAUAG